CGAUUCUCCAAUCGCAGUCUAACAAAACAGCAAAAACUAAACCAUGCCAAAGAACAAGGGCAAGGGUGGCAAGAACAGGAGGCGAGGAAAGAACGAAAACGAGGGCGAGAAGCGCGAGCUCGUUUUCAAGGAAGACGGCCAAGAAUACGCUCAAGUCGUCAAGAUGCUCGGCAACGGUCGUCUUGAAGCUGUCUGCUUUGAUGGCCAACGCCGUCUCUGCCACAUCCGCGGCAAGAUGCGCAAGAAGGUCUGGAUCGCCCAAGGCGAUAUCAUUCUGAUUGGCCUCCGCGACUACCAAGACGACAAGGGUGAUGUCAUUCUCAAGUACACUGCCGACGAGGCCCGAAACCUCAAGUUGUACGGCGAGCUUCCCGACCAUGCCAAGAUCAACGAAACCGACAACUUUGGCGAGGGCGACCACGACGACGACAUCCAGUUCGAUUUUACCAACGACGCUUCUGGCAAGGCUGGCUCUGCAUCAGAGUCCUCGUCUGAGGAAGAGUCUGAUUCGGACGACGAUUAAAAGACCCAAACCCCACAAAAAAGCGCGUUCUGAACUUUUGUGUUUUUGAGUUUUUUGUAGUAGCGUUUGAUUUCUCCAUUACAGCCCCUUUUUUUUU